AUGGCUGCAAAAGUGGUUCCAAUGCCCCUAAAGCCAAAGCGGUCCUUUAUACUGAGAGUUCCUCCGGACUCCAAGCUGGGCCAAGACCUACUUCGAGAUGCUACUAGUGGGCCCAAGACCAUCCACCAGCUGGUUCUGGAGCACUUCCUCACCUUCUUGCCCAAGCCAAGCCUGGUCCAGCCCAAUCAGAAAGUCAAGGAGACUUUGGUUAUUAUGAAGGAUGUGAGCUCAAACUUUCAGAACAGACUGCAACCUCAUCCCAUGGUGAAGCUUCUGCCCAGAGAAGGAAUCCAGCAGAAACAGGACACAGUGUCGCUGUAUUUGAAAACUGAGCCUGAGGAACUGGUGGUCCUUGAGGAUUUGAAUAUAUUUCAUUCCCAAGAAGAAUGUGUGAGCCUGGAUGCUACUCAACAGCCCACCUCAGAGAAGGAAGACAAUGUUGGGGAGAUGAUGUUACUGGUUAAUGACAUUAAUCCUGAGAGUGAAGAUCUUCAGAAGGAAACUGUAGAGAAUGAAGAUCAUAGAGAGGAGACUUCAGAUUGUGAUGAAGUAGAUUAUUCUGUGGUCUCUGAGGAAUCACCAGAUUGCCAUAAAGAAAGACUAAAUACAUCUAUUCCCAAGCAAAGGAAAAUGAGAAAUCUUCUAGUUACCAUUGAAAAUGAUACUCCACUAGAGGAACUCUCAAAAUACGUGGAUAUCAAUGUGAUUGCACUUAGCCGAAAUCGGAGAACAAGAAGAUGGUACACCUGCCCGCUGUGUGGGAAACAGUUUAAUGAAAGUUCUUACCUUAUUUCCCACCAGAGGACUCACACUGGAGAAAAACCCUAUGACUGUAGUCACUGUGGGAAAAGCUUCAAUCAUAAAACAAACCUUAAUAAACAUGAGCGAAUCCAUACAGGAGAGAAACCUUAUUCAUGUUCUCAGUGUGGGAAAAACUUUCGUCAAAACUCUCAUCGGAGUCGCCAUGAAGGAAUCCAUAUAAGGGAGAAGAUAUUUAAGUGUCCAGAAUGUGGGAAAACCUUCCCAGAGAACAAAGAAUUUGUGCUUCAUCUGCAGAGUCAUGAGGCUGAAAGGCCAUAUAGUUGCAAAAAAUGUGGGAGAAGAUUUAGUCGGCUGUCCAACUGUACCCGGCAUGAAAAAACCCACUCAGCAUGUAAGACCCAAAAGCAGAAAUGGGAUCAAGAAAAGUCUGAUGAUCCUGCCUCAACCUGAAAUGUUUCAUAAGGAAUUCUGAAUUCCCAGGCUGUCUGAAAAUAUACAGAUAUGUGAAAACCUCAUUAUAGCCAAAAUUGGAUAAAAUACCCAUCUUGGCUAAAACCUCAAAUUUUUAGAAGAUUCACAGGGAAGAAAACAUCCUCAAGGGCUAUACCUCAGUUAGCAUCCAGGAUUAAGGAGCUUUAUACAACAGUGUAGAAGCCACAGACCCCUUUCCCAAAAUGGCUUUGAAUAUGAGUCUGGAGGCCACUCACCUGCAAGGUGAACAGAGUGACUCAAUGUAUACGGAAAGCAUACCCAUUUUUUCCCCCACAUAGGAAUUCACACUUGAGACAAAAAAUAUAAUGUGAAGGUCCUUAUCUGGAACUGUGUUCCCCUGAAAGAACCAAACUACUGAUUUGUUAAGCCAAUAGCUUCUGUUAGCAAUUCAUAUAACCUUCUAAGAAUACCCUGUUAAAGCUUGAGUGUUGAAAGGGAUUGUUUACUCUGGAAUAUAGGAAAAUACAGCGAUUGAAUGUCAAAGACUUACUCUGUCAUUUUUAUGUGAUCUAAACAAUUGAUCUCAGUAACAUUUGCAUUUUGUAGUGAAAGUGACUUUUACAGGAAUACUUUUCACAACAUACUUUUAAAGUAUCUACUGUUCUUACUGUAUUUUGUCCAGCUAUUGCUUAGACAGCUCUCUCAUGCCUUUCCAUUGCCAAAAGAAGUUUGGCGCUCAGGCCCAGCCACCCAGCCCCAUUACUGGAAAAGCUCUUCAGAAUCUUGUCCCUCUGAUGAGCCAAGAAGAAAACCUGCCUAUAAAAGAAAUCCAAGAGCCUGAAGAGGAAGAUGAAGACAUUGGCUUAGACCCAUGACUGGUUAAUAACCUUACCAUGUGCUUAAUUCCCCUCCAAGCAGUCAUCAGACCCUUGGCAAUGGGUGGUCACUACCUCACAAGCAAAGUGUUUUAUUUUUAGCAGUUGUCUCCAGUGGCUAGCUCACAUUGCCCCUCAUGGAGACAAGAUUCCAGAGUCUUCAUUGUAGUGGAUAUUUGUUCUUUCGCCUGAUACCCAGACUUUCCUGACUUGUCUGCCCAGAGGCAAGGCCAGCGGUGCCUUCACGGGACCGAUCCUGUGGUGUGUUAUUUUAAAGAUUUUUUAUCAGUUUUUGCUUUUUUUUUUUUUAUGUUUCCUAAGGCUUUAUUUACAUUGAUAGUUUGAUUGAAAUAGGUUAAUCCUAUAAACUGUCUGAGAAAACAUGUUAGCUUUAUAAAUUUUGUUUCCCAUCCAGAAACAUGCCUUUCCAUUUUUUAAAGUAUUAUAUUCCUGAGUAAAUUUUUCUAAUUUUCU